UCAACAGCUAUGUAUAUUACGAAUAAAAUACAAGACAAAUUAGUUAAAAAAUCACGUUAUUAUUUAAAUUAAAAGUCAAAUAAUAAAUUGAUCAAACGGGCGAUCGCUAGUUAGGAAAUAAAGCUGUAUUUCCAAGCUAUGACCUGUCCAUUGGAUAUCUUUAGAGGUCAGUGAUGUAAUGUUUUUGAAUAAAAUAACAACAUUGGUCAGUCUGUUGAGAGCUUUGUUUGAUAUCGGUGUAUGAAACAGGCUCUCAAGGUCAUAUAUUGUUUAAUGACGUUACAGCUAAGUUACAAGAUUAUAUAACAUUGAAUCAAUCAUAAAGAGAUGAAAGCUGAAAUAUUGUUAAUUCUAACAAUUGCUACGAUAUUUGCAUCGGGAGAAGUUUGUACAAAAAAUGACAAAAGUGGCAUUUGCAAACCACUGUCCGAUUGUAAAACUGCGCUUGACGAUUUCAGAAAAUAUAAAAGAAGACCUCAGAUGUGUAAGGGGAAUGAUGGUAAAGUUUGUUGCGUCGAGAGAGUGAAAUCCUAUUCACACGAUUCAAACACACCCCUUGGGACAAUGCCACCACCAGAUCAGUCUCCGUGUGAACCGAUAGCUAGGAAUUUGACAGCCGAGAGAACAGGACGCAAAUCAUGGGAUAAAUGCUUGGAAUAUCAAGAAAAGUUGAUAUAUCCUUGUAGAGUAAGUAACACACCUUUAGGAGGCAAGAUACGAUUGGAUUUCUGUAAUAGAAAACCUGACAGUUUGAUUAUUGGAGGUGAAGAUGCUUACGAAGGUGAAUUUCCUCAUAUGGUUCUUCUUGGCUUCGGUAACGUUACAUCAGAGAGCAGUUGGGGCUGCGGGGGAGUCCUGGUCAGCGAGAGGUUCAUCCUCACAGCGGGACAUUGCAUCUCCAGCAAGGAAUUUGGUCCGGUGACAGAUGCGAAGGUCGGCAUCCUGGAGAGAUCAGCGGAAGUGGACAGCACGCGGCGGUACAAGAUCAAACGGAUCAUCAAACACCCCGACUAUCAAGCACCUAGCAAAUAUAAUGACAUCGCCCUUCUGGAGACAGAUAGAGAGAUAACGCUGGACAACUUGGCAGUACCCGCGUGUUUGUACGACGGUCACCCGAUCAACGAUAGCAGCGCGAUAGUUACAGGAUGGGGUACUACUGUUUUCAGAUACAAUAAAAUAUCUAAUAUUCGUGACUCUCCAGAAGUUCUCUGACGAAGAUUGUUCCAGAACUUACGCACCAAACAGUCGGGGCAUGAGACAUAUGAAAAAAGGUUAUAAUAGUACAACUCAGAUGUGUUUCGGUGAUUGGCAUAAGAAGAAAGACAGCUGUAAUGGUGACAGUGGUGGUCCAGCACAGAUAAAGCACCCUCAGAUAUAUUGUAUGUACUCUGUUGUCGGCAUCACGUCAUGGGGGAGAGAGUGUGGCCAUCCUGGUCAACCGGCCAUCUACACACGUGUGGCCGGUUUUAUACCCUGGAUAGAGAGCAUCGUAUGGCCGUAGCAUCUUCAAGAUGGCUAUAAUCAUUGACUGAUAGAUGUCUGAAUAAAUUAAAAUUACACGCAAUA